CUGGUGGAGUAUCCUCUCGUGUUUCUGGAGCAGGAGGCGGGUCUUUGGAAAGUUGGAAUGCCUUGGAAGUUUUCCUGUACUUUACAAAGAUGUUGAAGAGUGUCCCGCGCGUGAAUAUGGACACCUGGCUGGUAGUGUCUCUGUUCGUGUUUCUCCAGCUCUUCUUCAGUUUAGCCUAUGAAGGUAAGGAAUGGCUAAUAUUUAUCCAUCCCGCGGGUCAGAGAGGGAUUUAGUUAACCGACGAGUGUCCAAAUGGACAACGUCCAAAUGGACAACUUUAAUUUCUCAAACAAAUGUAACGUUUUUAGAUGUUUGCAUAACUUAGGUAGCGGUUGUUGCAAUUUGUUCUGUUAUUACGCAUUCAUUAUCGGUUAGCCUAUGUCCCACCGCGACUUUUUGGUGAGCCACAUUUUAUGUUUACGUGGAGGGGGGUGAGGCUGGGGUAAAAGGGGGGGGGAUGCAGUGCGAAUCUGUCGGACGUCUCCGGCAGAAUUCAUGAGAGACACUAAAGCCAGCAUUCUGUACGUUGUGCCAUAGCUUACCUUCGUGCCAUAGCUUGUAUAUAUAUAUAUAUAUUUUUUAUUUUAUUUUUAUUUUUAUCAAUUGAAGUCCUUUGUUCAAGUUAUUUUGCCAUCCAAAGUAACUAUUCUUCGCUAUCCCACUGGGGACAGACGUCAAUUGAAAUGUCGUGGAAACAACAUUGAUUCAACCAGUGUGUGCCCAGUGGGUAAUGAGUUUAACAGUCGUCCAUUCGUUUAACAAGGGGAUAUGUGCGUAAAACGUGCCAAAAUGUAACUAAUCUUCACCUAGUUAAUGGUCUAUGAUUUCAGUCAGCAUACAAACAGUAGCAAAUCACAUCGAAGUUGUCAAUAGCCUAGAUAAUUUCACAUCUCCAGUAAAAAUUUCAGUGUGACCGGCUUUGGAGCUCAGUGCCCUGUAAUCAGAGCCCAUAGCUCCGUGAUGUCGGGGUCGUUACAGGCCACAAGCCACACAAGGGCUCCUGUGUUCGGACUAACUGCACAUUUGCUCGGCCUCCCUCCUCCCAUUUCCUAGCUUUCCUAGACCCGCAGAUCUGUGCAGUCAGUGUAUUUCCAGUGCUAGGUGGUUUUGUUUAAUAAGACUGCAGGGUCUCUUUGGAGGGUGACAGGAGGACUGUAUCAGUUGAAUGGAACCGUCAACAGUCCUACAACAUGGUGGGAUAGAGAGCCCAUAAUAGUUGUUUUAUUUUUUCCUGAUUGAUUGAUAUGAUGCCAUGUGGUGUUCUCUCAUCUUAGUUUGGUUACACAAUAAUUUCACACACAGUCACACACACACAUUUACAUUUACAUUUUAGUCAUUUAGCAGACGCUCUUAUCCAGAGCGACUUACAGUUAGUGAGUGCAUACAUUUUCAUACUGCAAGCACUCACACACACAGAGAGAGAGAUUUUCCAGAUGGAUGAGCUCCAACAGGGCAGGGACAGUAGCCUGCAGAGAAACCUUCGCUGGAGAGUAAUGAGAAGCUGAAAUUAGUUCAAGACCGGAUGAGACCGGAUAAGAGUUUGGAUGCAUGGGUGUAUACGUGUAUGUGUUUAUCAUGGAGUGUAUGUGCAUGCAUAUGUCCGUACCAAGAGAGAGAUUGUGUGGAUGUGUGUGCUUGAGAGUGUGUGAGGGUGUUGAUUUGGAGAUUUAUGUGUCUUGUUCAGUGGCGGCAUGGCUCACCACUUCUGUCUGAGAAACAGGCUGAAACAUGUACAUACGCAACUGGAGUUAGAUUUACACUGACAGGGUAAACACAGCUUGUCAAACGGACUCUUAUAGCUGGAGGUCACUGGUGUGUGUGAGUGUGCUUGUGUGUGUGUGUGUGUACGCGCGUGCGUGUGUGCAUGCGUGCGUGAGUGAUUGUGUGUGUGUUUAUGGGGGUUGAUUUAACAGGGGUGUUUGUAUUUUUGGGGGGGUUGUUAGUUAGACUGUUUGUUUAUGCGGCGGCAUUUGUAUGUGUGUCCUCUGUGUGUGUGUGUGUGUGUGUGUGUGUGGGUUAAAGAGGGUUGAGAAGGGGAGGGAUGGUUUGGGUUUUAAGUAGCCUUUACUUACUAACCUCUCUUUGCUGUGGCGGUAUACAGUGCUUUGAGGUGUCUGUACUGAGAGACAGGCUAAGUGUUGAUGUUACCUUACAUGCAUUGAGGUGUCUGUACAGAGAGACAGGCUGAGUGUUGAUGUUACCUCCAGGGCAAAUGAAGGUGGGUGGUAACUGGCAAGGGAAGGAUUUGAUGGUUGGUUCUCUCCGGAACUCUGUAUGUCUCUGUCUCAAAAAAAUAAGAUGGUUGCCGCAGUCUCCUUUGUCCCCUCUCAGUACUAUUUGCUCUGUCAACACAAGCAGACACUCACACAGACACAUGCACACACGUGCACACACACACACACUCAGUGACGCCUUCUCCUUACAGUGAAACCCAGUCAUAAUGACUAGAUGAAUCAUUCAUAUUUUCUGAAUGGACUGCUGUGCUGUUGGUCUGUGGUAGGUGAGUGACCUUGUGUGUAUAGUUAAUUGUCAGAAAGCUCAAACAUGCCGUCCUAACACAGCGUGAUGUAGCCUAGGGAAUUCUCUAAGCCUGCCAGCUUACUAAUACCACUGGAGAAGCAGUAAUAAUGGUUAUUCUCAUUUUCCAUAGAGAGAGAGAAAGACAGCAUGCCAGUGAGAGAGUCAGUGAUUGAUGCGUUAAGAAAGGUGUCGUGAGCAUGUGAUGUUGGAGAGAGAAAGAGAACGAGAGUUAGGGUGGUUGGUUGAGGAAGAGAUCUAUAAAAGGGAAGUUGUGCACAGAGGCAGUGAGAAAGAGAUGGUUGAAUCACUUCACUGUCUUUAGUCUAUGUGUUUCUGAUGCCCAGAUGAAAUAACAGAUGUCUGUACUGCCUGUUCAGUUCUCCUCCUGGCAUGUUUCUACAUUAACCCUGUUAUUGAUCCCUAUUACGCAAAGCUCGGCUGAAAAAAGCUGAUUGGAACCUCAGUUUGUGUUCCCUCUGGCCCUGUUGUUCUCAUAGAGCUUGGCAGAAGAGCCUCUCUCUCUCGCUCGCUCUCUCUGUUUUAUCAACACUGUGUUCUCUCUGACGUCUUUCCACCCUCUGAAGAGUCAUUUUCACUGUGAGAGAAGAAGAGAAAAGAAGAGAGAGACCGUUAGGGAUGCUGUCUGAUUCCAAACCUCAGUGCACUGACAGAAAGACUGUUGGGAGUGGAACCAUGUUUAUGUAGAUCAAUGACAACUUCUUUGUUAUUGAAAGCUCUGGAACUGGCCUUUAUUCACUCACUGAUGUUAACCAAAUGGGAAAUAAGUAAUAAAAGGAAACUUUAUACUGCCAAGUUGAGUGUCAACUUCUCAGCAUAUCAGCUUUUAUUCAAGGCUGGCUCAUUUUGAUGAUGUGGAUGAGAUAGUUUCAAGUUAAUCAUAGUGUAAUUUUACCCCUGGCUGUUCUGGAGACAGCUUUGAAUGGAAAAGGAAUAGUACUGCGGUAUAGGAACAGUACUGCGGUAUUCUAAGAUCUCUCUAAGAUCCCUUAGGAGGGGAGAGAGAGACAAGUCUAUAAUAAUGUGUUAUGCCCUCUGCUGCAGAUUCCUGUAUGGGAUGUGAGUGUCAGUCUAACUGGCUGCCUUUGUCUCUAAGGAUGUGCGUGUGGAGAAGAUGGACUAGCUCUGUCUCUGGGAAAUAUCCCCUGCUAUAGGCUAUGAGGCUCUCUGCUGGUAUGGUGUAUGUCAGUAGAGCCCCCUAGGAUUCCAUUUAUUAAAGAAUAACAAAACUAAGAAAUCAGAGCAGAACUUUAGUUGUUGUAGCAGGAUAGCAAUCUGUAGAACAGUCUCGAUAGAGACAGAAAGGAAGGCCUACGUGUGUGUUAGAUUUACUCUGUUGUCUGUUGUCUAUUAUGGCCCCAUAACCAAGCCCAGUAGAGAUGUGCGGUACAUUUUCCAUGUGCUCUCUGGUGUGGGGCUAUAUAGUGGUCGUACUAUGUAAGGAUAGUCAUAUAUAACCUCACUGUAGGCAGUAAAUUGUCUGAAAGCAUGUUAUAGAACUAAUCUGAAGCAGCGGCACACACCUGUGAUUAGUUUCCCAGAUAUGUCUGUUUCCCUCUUAUAGACAUCCUUGGCUGUGUGCCCGUGAGUUUUCCCCUCAGCCAGCUAAAUCAGAUUCAGAGUCUGUAUGAGGAUGUGCUCAGUAGCAGUGUGAUCGGACAUUUGGCUGACGUAUAUAAAUGCCCAUCGGGCUGAGAGCGUGUAGCUGUAGCAGGAGUGAAAGACUUCUCUGUCUGUUUUGUCCCUCAUGGAUCCAGAACAGAGAACACAUUCACACUGGGUUGGUCCAUAACAUCCUCCUCUGGUAGCGAUGGGGCGUAUCUGAGCUCGCUCCUCACCCCUCUUUCCCAUGUACACCCCUUUCCUUCCCUCACCCAUUCUCUCUCCCGCUCCCUUCUCCUUUUUCUCUCUCGCUCAUGUCACUCCUCCUUUAUCUUGCAUUGUGCAUUGAAAUAUUAUGUAUCAUUUUGAAGCAGAAAGCUCUAGAUCAUGCAGUAGUUAUGCUGUGACAGCGAAGCAUUGUCUGCCAGAGAAGCAACAUCCCAAUACUCAUAUCUGAUUUCCUUUUGACAACUGAUAUCAAAGAUCUUGACAGAUGAAAGCAAUAAGCCAGAUUUCUAUUGGAAGGCCAUUCUUUUUCUAGCUCUCUCAUAUUAGUGACCAAUAAGGAGAGAAGGAAAGGAAACCAAUAUUGGAGCACUAGUCACAUAUCACAGUAAGUAUGUUGGUGACCUCACAACAAGACCCUGGGUCACGUUUCAGCAAGAACAAACAGGACAAAACAUUUUGGAAUGGAGAAAAGGUUUAGGUAGUUCCUCCUCCAUUUCUAAACGUUUCCUUCCGUUUCAUACUUAUUGACUGUGACCCCAGUGUGAGGUUGCCAUUGCACAACUGGUUUUAGAACAAGGUUGCAUUAAAAGCGAUUAAUUGUGUCAAACCAGCUGGGGAGAAAGGCUCCCUUGGGGUUCUUCCUCUCUGCAUGUGUUUAAGAGAUCUCUCAUGGUCCAACCCCUGGGGUCCUCUUUGGAGGAAUAGUUUAGCAACGUUUUACAUUUACAUUUACGUCAUUUAGCAGACGCUCUUAUCCAGAGCGACUUACUGUUUUCAACAGUGAUAAUCUUGAUUUAAUAAUGCCCUCUUGCAAAACACCAGUAUGGUCCAACCCAAAUCUCUUGCUGAAGGAUUAGGCCUACAUCAUGUUUUGAAACGUUGCUAAACCCUUUCAAUCAAAUGUAUUUAUAAAGCCCUUUUUACAUCAGCAGAUGUCACAAAGUGCUAUACAGAAACCAAUGCAGCCCUACUUUUAUCCUGAAUGCAGCCUUGCUCUCUCCCUGCCUUGGUCACUAGCUGCUUUCUUCUCCCUCUUACUUUCCCAGGGUCAGGAUACUAUGGCUAUGGAGAUGAUGAAGACGCAUAUGCUCGUAGAAACGGAGGUGAAUGCUUUGACCAAGCUCUCUGCCACACGCUUGCACGCUUUUACACACUCUGGCACUCGCGUUCAACAUGCAGGAAAGUUUAGGGUUAACAUAAGCCUCUUAAACUCAAAGCAAUGACUUCACUUUUUAUCAACAUUGAAAACAUUUAUUUUCUUUGAAUAGCCAAUCAAAGUUAGCUGUGUGUCUGUCACUUCAAUGUGAUGUAUACAACUGUGUUAUUUGUUUUCUCCACAAGAUAGCGAUAUGCUUCAUCCCCUGUUUUACAAACUGACACAAUUAUGUCAAACUAACUUUAAACUUUUCAUUGAGGUCAGUUAGACAUGUAAUUUUACCCUCUGGGCCAAAACAAACUCUUGGAAUAUUUCUCCUCUGUAGAGACUCAAAUAUAGUAUUGUGUUCUCUUACUCAAUGACAGUGGAGACUGGAGAUACAGCCAACACACACACGAACGGACCAGCUCCUGUCCAGCUGGUGUGUGUUUGAGAGUGUGUGUUUGAAAGAGUGUGUGUGUGCGUGUGUGCGUACAAGAAAGUGUGUGUGUUCUGAGCCAGCGGGAAAUAGACUGCAGAUUUUAUUUCCCUGGAAUACGAACCUGCUGGCCCCUCAAAUUUGGCAUUCCCAAAAGGAAUCUUUAGGCAAGCGUUUGAGGGAUGGAUAGAGCCGUCCAACUGGUGAGGAAAGUUGGAGGCAACUUUAGUGUUCUUCUGACACAUCUUUAUCCCUCAUGAUUAUGACCAUGUUGCUGUAAAUCAGCUCUAAAUCAUCAUCCACCAGCCUCUAUUCUGAAGGUUGUAUUCAUUGAUAGUUAAAUUGAUGGGGUUUAGUAGCUCUAAUCAACAGUAUGAUUGAGUGAUCCCAUUUAAAUCCACUGGAUCAAAGUGAUCAAAGACGGAGACACACACUCAAACUAUUUCCCUUACUCUCAACCUCUAUCUUUUCUUUACUCAAGCAAGUACUUCUUGUUGUCAAGUACUUCUUAUUGUCAGUAUGGAUUAUGGUAAGUGACAAACCCAUUGUAUCUUUCUGUCUACCUGUGAUGAGAUGAUGGAUGGGUUUACACUAGCACUCCAGAUUUGACCUCUUUAGUCUGCUGUAAACACUGUGUCCUGUGGUAAAUUGGUAUGGAUUAUGUAUGUUGGUAUGGGUAACUCACUGCCUGACUUACUGCUAAAAUGAAGAGAGGCUGUGAGUGUAAGGUGAGAAAACAAAUGGAUGUCCAAAACACUGGUAAAUACCACCCGGCCCCCAAAAGUUAAUUUACAUUGCGGCACUAACAGACAAUGUCUCUCUCUAUCCUGUAUAGAUAGAUGUCUGUCCAGCACCUGAACCAGAACGAAGUUUAUUUCAAUAUUUUAUGUGAAUGGUAUAAUUCUCCCUCUUAUUCCACACCCAACCCCAUUUUUAGGGACCCCUUGGUGCGCGCCCAUCAAGGUGAAGCAUGGCGAUGUGAGUUGUCGGAGUCCUGGAGGGCAGUACUAUAAGAACGUAAUGGGAUCACGCUGUAAGAUCCGCUGUAAGAGUGGUUACGAGAUGCAGCAGGGACACCCAGAGGUGGUGUGUAUGGCCAGCAAACACUGGUCAGGGAACUACGCCUGCAGGGGUGAGACCACCACACACACACAAACUCACACACCUGGCCUACUGGCAAGACCCAAAAUCACUGGACACACACCUCUACACCAAACAUAUGUAACCACUGAAGAUACACACAACCAUUAGAAUCAUUGUCAGAUUCAUCAGCUACCUGCCAAUCAUACACCCUGUUUGUGAAAAUACAUUUAUGGACUUGAUUUGUGUUUCCCUGUCAGAGAUCCGGUGUCCUAAGCUACAAAUGCCUGCUAACGGGGGCUAUAAGUGUUCAGACGGAUCCUACUUUAACUCCCGCUGUGAGUUCUUCUGCUCCCCUGGAUACACUCUGAAGGGGCCCAAGACUGUCACCUGCCAGUACCACAAGACCUGGACCUCAGGGGAGAGCGUCUGUGUAGGUGAGUCAGAGAGUGCUUGCGUGCAUGUGGAUGUGUGUGCGUGCGUGUGUGCAUUUACCGAUGUACAGUAUGUGUAUGGUGUUUGUGGUGUGUGUGUGUGUGUGUGUGUGUGGUGUUUGUGUCUGUAGCUGUGUGAGUAUUAUUGAGUUUGCCCACCUCACAUUGCACAUUGAAUCCUACCACAUUCUAAUUCCAACCCCCACACUGUUUAAAUGCUAAGGAAAUACAGGCUGCUCUUAAGACUAUGGGAUCCAAUAAAUUAUAAAUCACAUUCACUCCUGACUGACUUAAUGAAAUAAUCACCUACUGCUAUGUGAGAAACAGGCUGAAUUAUAGACAGAUUUAAUUCAGAUUUAAUUGACUUAAGUCAAACAAACACACACACUGUGUGUAAGGUUGAGUAACCACAAGCCUGUGCUGCUAGCCCAAGCAUGACACACUGCGAACUACAGCAAUCCAGUCUCAGAACCACUUGACAAUAAUGUGGAGUAACCUCUUAUGCGAUCACAAUUUAAGGCAGUGUGUGAUUUGCAAAAGCAGUUGUGGAGACAUUGUACAUUGUAGGUUGUUUUCAUUACUGAGGAUGGAUAUGAAGAGAUUCAAAUCCCUUGCGCCCUCCUCAUCCCCCCUAGCAAAUUACACCCAGCAGACAGGUAUAUAUGGAAUUACAGCACAUUCACAGGGAAAGUAGAUGUUUUUAUGUAAUUAUACGCAUGGCCGAAUAGUGUGUGUAUCUCUGUGUGUGUGUGUAUCUGUGUGUGUGUGUGUGUGUGGCUAAGCCUCUCUGAGAUGCUAAAAUUGACAAGACAAAAACAGCAUAUUGCAUGUUUUUUGUUUUAGCAAAUGUCAUUUUGAUGUUUGAGUGACAGAUUUAGAUCAGACAACACACACACACACACACACACACACACACACACACACACACACACACACACACACACACACACACACACACACACACACACACACACACACACACACACACACACACACACACACACACACACAGCAGUGAUGGAGUCUUUCUGCUCCAGUGAAAUGACAUUGAUUCUCCUGGUCUGCUGUGAUAGGAGCUUCUCUAGUCUAAAAUCACCCCAAUUACACAGAGGACACAACACAACACAACACGACAGAACAGGGAAAAUCACCGUUUUUUUCUCUCUUCCUGUUUCUCUUCCCUCCACAUCUGCUGACCGUUUUAACCACUCUUUCUCUUCUAUCUCUGUCUCCCGACAUCCCCUCUUGUCCUGUAACCCCCCCCUCCCCUCUCUUCUUCUCUGGUAGAUGUGGACGCCCCAGUGAUAAAGUGUCCUAACCUGAAGGACAAAACGGCAGAGCCUGGCAAGCUCUCUGCCAGGGUGACCUGGGACACACCGGAGGGCAAGGACACGGCCGACGGCAUCCUCACCGAGUCAGUCUGACCCCUGAACCUUAACCCCUAACUCCACUGAACCUUAAUUUAUAACCUGUAGUGGUAGUUAGGCUUGGGCGGUAUACCGUGUAUAUACUGUAUACCGGGAUAUUUGGAAAUAGCCACAGGAUGUUUUUUCAAUACCGUUUAAACUAUUUAUUUGAAGUUUUUUUUUAUACAUUUGAAUAUUUGUAGUUACUUUUUAAGUAAAUACCUGCAGUCAGCUUGUGCAAUACGUUAGGAGAUAAAGAAGAUCGCAUUCUUCAUUUUACCUGUCACAUAAUUUUUCUUACCGGUAGUCCCCAGUCACGUGGUGUUUGUUUACAAGCACACAACAACGAGAGACUUGUGAGUCACUCACUGUUGUGCAGCACGCAUCUAGUUACAGUAUGGAAUUCACAUCAAAAUGUUUGCCAGCUAGAUAUUUUAUAGCUAUUAAUUUAACUGUCUAAAAUGUGCUAAAUGCUCUGCAGUUGUGCAUUUGGUUUGCUAAUUUAGUAGCUAGUUAGCUAUCUAGCUACGUGGUUAGCUUCUUCCAAAAUCAAGCUUUCGCUUGGUAACAGUAGACAAUCCCCUCCUGGAUCAAGAGCCUUGCUGUCUAAUAUUUGUUUUGUGCGUGCAGCAAACUGUAAGUAGCAUUUUUGAGUUACUUGUAUAACUUUAUGAGCUGGGACGUCUGUCCUGAAAAUAGUUUAGGUCAGAGGCUGUAUAAAAUAUUUGUAAUGUACUUGUUAGCAUUUAGUUUCCAUUCUCUAUGGGAUUUUACAUGUACUUGUUAGCAUUGCUAACCUUAGGAUUACAGAGGCAGUGGGUUUAGAAAAUAGCGCCCCUUGUGUUCAGUGCCGGCAUUACCGAAUGUCCCAGUAUGGCACAAGGUUGGUAUGAAGGUAUGCCCAUCUGGAUACCGCUCAAGUUUAGUGGCAGUAAUAGUAGUAAUGGUAGCAGUAGUAGUAGGGUAAGUCUUUAGUUAGGCUUCAGUACUAUUGACACAGUGUAGUAUUUGACUGAGGCUGUGUUUACAGUGUGAUCCUGAAAGGGAAGCCUCCUGGACACUUCCCUGAGGGGCUCCAUAAGAUGUCCUACACCGUAUACGACCGCGCCGGGAACAAGGGCAGCUGCCGCUUUUCUGUCAGAGUACGAGGUGACACCCCAACAUUAUUACAACGUUUGUAGUCAGACAGCAAUGUUCUGACAACAUUUGAAGGAACAAUCACAGAACACUUACACAUGUAUGCCUCUUAGGCUGCGUUUACACAGGCAGCCCAAUUCUGAUAUUCCACUAAUUGGUCUUUUGACCUAUCUCAUCAGAUCUUUUCACAUCAGAUCUUUUUCAGAGCUGAACUAAUUGGUCAAAAUACCAAAUUAGUGAAAAGAAUAUCAGAAUUGGACGGCCUUUGUGAACGUAGCCUGAGAGUGAGUGUCUGAAUCUGUUUUGUGCCACCAGUGCGUCGAUGCAGCCCCAUGACCCCUCCAGAGAACGGCUAUAUGAAGUGUGACAGUGAUGGAGAUAACUACGGGGCCACCUGUGAUUUCAAAUGUACAGGAGGGUACGAACUUCAGGGCAGCGCUGCCAGGGUGUGCCAGUAUGGACUCACCUGGUCAGGCAUGGAAACCAACUGUGCAGGUACGUAUCUGUGCACACACACAUGCAUGUAUACACACACACACACAUACACACACUGUUCAUGCUGUUCACAUCACAUAAGCACACCUCACAGACACACAUACAGUACUUUGCACUUCAAUGACUUGGAGAAGAUCUGCAAAGAGGAGUGGGACAAAAUCCCUCCUGAGAUGUGUGCAAACCUGGUGGCCAACUACAAGAAACAUCUGACCUCUGUGAUUGCCAACAAGGGUUUUGCCACCAAGUACUAAGUAAUGUUUUGCAGAGGGGUCAAAUACUUAUUUCCCUCAUUAAAAUGCAAAUCAAUUUAUAACAUUUUUGACAUUCGUUUUUCUGGAUUUUUCUCUCACUGUUCAAAUAAACCUACCAUUAAAAUUAUAGACUGAUCAUGUCUUUGUCAGUGGGCAAACGUACAAAAUCAGCAGGGGAUCAAAUACUUUUUUCCCUCACUGUAUGUCUGCUGCAGAGGGACAAGAGAGAGCCAUGAGAAAACAAGUUUUGAUCAGACAUGGAAAUAAAAGUGGUGAAAACAAAUUGUCUCUCUAUUUAAAAAGAAGAUGGAGAACAAUCUAUGAAGGAAAGGUACUGGAGUUUUGAUGCAGGCACAUCAAACCAGCGCAAAAAUUAUAUUGUGAUAUUUUCAAAACGAUACGAUAUAUCGUCAAACAUAAUAUCCCGAUAUGUAACUUGAUUUUUUCCCCCAUCACUAUAAACCACACACACAUACAUUACACAUUCUCCAUGCUGUGUGUUUAGCAGUAUUGAAGUGGUGGUCAGGGGUGCUGAGGGGUUCACUGGAGGUGAAAACGGGCAUGUCUCCCUCGGCCAGGAUGGGCUGUCGAUCGAUCACAGAGAUCCAGCAGAUCAAUACUUCCUGCUCUGACAUUGACCAGCACUGUCUGUGACACAUACUUAAGUGGGUUAUUGUCUAAUAGAAGAGACAAUAUAAUACUGCUAUUAUAUUAUAUAAUACAGUGACACUCCAUAUAGCACUUCUUAUAUACGCUGUGGAAGGAACAGGUCAUUCGCUACUAUUGCUAGCAAGGUUUAUAGCAACAAGAACAUUAAAGACAAGUAAAACAGAGCAACGAAAUUAACAUCAUUUUGAGAUUUCAUUGGCAAUUGCAAAUCAAGUUACAUCAUUUGCUUUCAUAGAAUAUGAUGAUGUGAUAUGAUGCAAUGAUGUAGUGUUUUAUUAUGUCAUAACAUGUUAUGUCACAGCUAUGAACAUCAACGUGGGGGUGCGUACGGCCUCAGGUCUGCUGGACCAGUUCUAUGAGAAACGACGCCUCCUCAUCAUCUCUGCUCCCACAGCUGCCAAUCAUUACUACAGGUUCCAAAUGACCAACCUACAGGUGAGGGAGGGGGGAGGGAGGGAUGCAGGGAGAGAGAGCGAGGGAGGGAUGAGGGAUGGAGGGAGAGGGAGGGAGGGAGGGGAGAAAGGCAGAGAGAGAGUAAAGAGAGAGAGAGUUGGGGAGUAGGUAACAUUAUCUGUGGGAGGGAGGGAGGGAGGGAGGGAGGGAGGGAGGGAGGGAGGGAGAGGAAGGGAGGGGGGAGAGAGAGAGAGGAAAGAGAGAGACAGAGUGGGGGAGUGGGUAAAAUUGUCUGUGGUUCUGCUGAUGGGGUGUGUAGUGCCUCGGUUCCUGGUAAACAGAGAAAAUGUCACGGCGCAGCAUAAACAAGGCCGGUGCUCUCUUUAAAUUCAGGCUAUUCUGGGUUUGGAUGAUUUUCUGCCUGUCAGAAGAUAUUAAAAGGGAGCCGCCUUUAAAAGGCCUGACCUUUAAAGUGUCAGGAAAGAGACGACUCUUGUCAUACGCUGUGAGUCAUUCCAACCUCACCUUUAAAGGUCUAAUGCAGCCGUUUUCCUCUCAUUAUCAAAUCAGUUCUUGGGUAACAAUUAAGUACCUUACUGUGAUUGUUUUAAAUUAAAAUGGUCUAAAAUAAACAAAAAUAGGUUCUUAGCAAAUAGCAAUUUCUAAAGCAAGAAUUUAGCUCGGAAUGUCUGGGAGUGGUCUGAGUGGGGAGGGGAAAACUGAAAACUAGCUGUUAUUGGCAGAGAGGUAUGGAACUCUCUUUCUUAUUGGUCUAUUAACUAAUUUACCACCUGGUGAUGUCACCAAAACUCCAUCUCAUCAAAAUAGGCUGAAAUUUCAGGCAGUCUUUUCAAACAGCUCUUACACUAAAAGGGCAUUUUCACAAUUUCACAGUAUUAUUCCAACUUCAUAGUGUGGAAAUAUACAGCUCUGGAAAAAAUUAAGAGACCACUGCACAUUUUUCUUAAAUCAGCAUCUCUGCAUGUAUGACAGCCAUUCAAUUCCAGUGUCUGUUGAAUUCCAACACAGGCACACCUCAUUCUACUGAAUUAGGUACUGAUUAGGUGAUCAUCUGAACCAAAUCUUAUUUAAUGAGGAAAAGUAUAAAAACCACUGCUGUGGUCAUCACUAUCCUCUUGCAAUAGGACCAGCUGGAUGGCAAAAGCAGUGCUAAUAGUACCUCAAAAGUAAUAUUAAUCAAAAAAUAACUAUUGACCAUGCCAAAAGAGUUGAAAAGGAAAGUUUUGAGUGAGGAAAAGAAGGGUUCAAUUCUGGCUUUACUGGCAGAGGGAUACAGUGAGCGUCAGGUUGCUUCCAUCCUUAAAAUUUCAAAAGACGGCAGUUCAUAAGAACAAGGUCAAGCAGCAGACAUUGGGGACAACAAAGCUACAGACCGGCAGAGGGCGAAAACGACUCUCUACUGACCGGGAUGACUGCCAACUCAUUCGAAUGUCACUCAACAACCGUAGGAUGACAUCAAGUGACCUACAAAAAGAAUGGCAAACGGCAGCUGGGGUGAAGUGCACGGCGAGGACGGUUCGAAACAGGCUCCUAGGGGCAUGGCUGAAGUCGUGCAAAGCUAGAAAAAAGCCCUUCAUCAAUGAGAAGCAAAGAAAAGCCAGGCUGAGGUUUGCAAAAGACCAUAAGGAUUGGACCGUAGAGGACUGGCGUAAGGUCAUCUCUGAUGAGUCCAAUUUUCAGCUUUGCCCAACACCUGGUCGUCUAAUGGUUAGACGGAGACCUGGAGAGGCCUACAAGCCACAGUGUCUCGCACCCACUGUGAAAUUUGGUGGAGGAUCGGUCAUGAUCUGGGGGUGCUUCAGCAAGGCUGGAAUUGGGCAGAUUUGUCUUUGUGAAGGACACAUGAAUCAAGCCACGUACAAGGUUGUCCUGGAUGAAACUUGCUUCCUUUUGCUCUGACAUUGUUCCCCAACUCUGAGGAUUGUUUUUUCCAGCAGGACAAUGCGCCAUGCCACACAGCCAGAUCAAUCAAGGUGUGGAUGGAGGACCACCAGAUCAAGACCCUGUCAUGGCCAGCCAAAUCUCCAGACCUGAACCCCAUUGAAAACUUCUGGAAUGUGAUCAAGAGGAAGAUGGAUGGUCACAAGCCAUCAAACAAAGCCGAGUUGCUUGAAUUUUUGCCCCAGGAGUGGCAUAAAGUCACCCAACAUCAAUGUGAAAGACUGGUGGAGAGCAUGCCAAGACACAUGAAAGCUGUGAUUGAAAAUCAGGGUUAUUCCACCAAAUAUUGAUUUCUGAACUCUUCCUAAGUUAAAACAUUAGUAUUGUGUUGUUUAAAAAUGAACAUGAACUUAUUUUCUUUGCAUUAUUCGAGGUCUGACAACACUGCAUCUUUUUUGUUAUUUUGACCAGUUGUCAUUUUCUGCAAAUAAAUGCUCUAAAUGACAAUAUUUUUGGGGGGAAUUUGGGAGAAAUGUCAGUAGUUUAUAGAAUAAAACCAAAACGUUAAUUUCACCCAAACACAUACCUAUAAAUAGUAAAACCAGAGAAACUUAUAUUUUUGCAGUGGUCUCUUAAUUUUUUCUAGAGCUGUAUAUAAAACACAGGAUAAUCACAUUUUGGACUGCACUGGGCCUUUUAACAGGCCAGGUGAUGGAUUCUGUGAAAUGUUUUGACAUUACUUGAAUUUGUAUGUGAGUGCAUUUUCAUGUUCUGUGCUGUGUGUACAAUGUUAUUUGUGUGUUUAUGAUAUGUGUGUGUGUGUGUGUGUGUGUGUGUGUGUUCCAGCAUGCCCAGUGUGGUCUGGAUCUCAGGCAUGUGACGGUGAUUGAGCUGGUCGGGAUAUACCCGGCACAGAUCGGCCGUAUCAGCCACAGACUCAUCCCCCCAGGGCUGGCUCUACAACUCAGGUACACACAUACACACACCGUCAUCAUCAUUCAUAACAAACCUACAACUCAUUCUUCAGACCUACCAUAGUGUGUUCAGCAUUGACCUGAUGGAAGUGUUGAUGUGUGUUGCCUAGGUUACUGCUUCAGAUCUCCCAUGAUAACUUCAACAUGGUGAUGAUUGACAAGCAGGGGAUGGACAGGGAGCGCUACACGUACCCCAUCACCUCAGCCCAGAUCUUCACCACCAUUGACACCUGGCAGGGACGCAUGGAUGAGAUGGUGCUGCAGCAGGAGGCAGGCCACACCUGCCAGUAGUACAACACCUCAACAACACCCCUCACUAUCACCCCCACCCCAACACCAGCUCCCCAAUUGUACACCCACUAUUUCCUUCACCCUACAAUAUCCCUCCAAAUCACUCAUUAAACCCUACCGUUGCUCAAGCUUACUUCCUGAACCCGACUCCCAUCCUCCAGUUCCUCAUAGCAGACCACAGCUAGUUAACGUAUCCCUCAAUAGGAGAUUCCCUAAGUCAUUAAACCCUUUAUUUACCACCAAUGCAAUGACUUUCAGUUAAGUGCCUUUCUAAUUGUGAGGAGACAGGGGGUUCAGUAGUCACUACUAAGUAGGAAUCAUUAGUAUUGGAAUGUCUGAUUGGAGUUUGGAGCUGUGGAGCACUGGGACCAGGCUAAUUAGAAUGGAAAUAUGACUCUCUUUCAUCACUGCAUCCUUCAGCAGUUAGAGGUCCUGGGCGGAGUGGGUCAUCACAAUCAUAUUGAUUCUUGUACUCGUCAGUCUGUAUGUAUGUUUUUUUUAAAGCUUGGACACAUUUUACUAUUAUGAUAUUUUAUAUAAUAACUAUUUUCUUUUUUUUGGAUAUGAAACUGGAAAAAUCCUUUAGCUGUUUUAUAUUUAUGUUUCUCCGUUCUGAUAGCAGUGUUUUAAUUAGGACAUUAAUAAUAAGCACUCGGGAAUGUAUGUGUGUGUGAUGUAACAGGCAGCGAUGUUGGUCCAUCAGUACACUGCUGUUUGUCUGUUCCGCUUGAUUUCACACAACCAUGAUUAAAUAGCCCUCUUAAAAAGAGUGACCUCGUCCUUCUGUCGUUACAGUUAGAACCAGAACUAUGUUUUACGACUCUAGUUUGGG